UCAAGGCGUCUGCAGGUGAUACUAAUCUGGGGUCCUCACUGACGCUCGCUCACAUUUUCAAGAUGGCUGCUUCCAUAGCAGGAUUGUUAAAACCUUGGACACCGAGAGUGUUCCUGGUGAGAUGGAGCAGAUACAACCCUUACUAUCUAGAGCCAGAGGUCAGGAAGGAGGCCUACAGCACACCAGAGACAGAGCUGAGCGCUGAGGAAAAGGAGCAGCGGGAGCUCAAAGCGAUCAGACCCAUCAAGGCAGCAACCGGCGGAGUCAGCAGCUCUGUUUUCAGCGACCCAGUCCUCAGUAAAUUCAUCAACAUGAUGAUGAAACACGGAAACAAGGUCCUGGCCAGAGAGAUCUUGACGCAGACCCUGGAGAACCUGAAGAGGAAACAGGUAGAGAAAUACCACAAGGCUCCAGAAGGGAAGAAGGAGGAGAUCGAGUGCAACCCCUACACCAUUUUUCACCAGGCUCUGGAGAACUGUAAGCCAGUCGUUGGGCUGGCCAGCAUACAGAAAGGUGGAAAGUACUACCAGGUGCCCAUCCCUCUCUCGGACAACAGACGUCGCUUCCUCGCCAUGAAAUGGAUGAUCACGGAGUGCCGGGACAACAAACACCGACGCAUGCACAUGUAUGAAAAACUUUCCCAGGAACUGCUGGCAGCCUCCACGAUGGAGGGCAACGUUGUCAAGAAGAAGUAUGAGCUGCACAAGAUGGCCGAAGCCAACAGAGCCUACGCUCACUACCGCUGGUGGUAGGAAGAAACGGCUCAGGACUGAAACACUGUCAACUCAAACGUUUCUUCAGAGUGACGGCCUGGACAGAUUCAGUGACACGUUCUGUUGCUCAAAGCCUGAUUGUAAAUAGUUAAAGGCGUGAAAAUCCUUUUGGUGGAAGGAGUGUGCUGCAAAAAUUGCUGUAGGACUACAGUGAAAAAUAAAAAGGUAACAUUGUGUUACUUUGUAUUGUGUACUAUAAACA